GCUCCGGGCCGCCUUCCCCGAUUAGGCCCCGGGGCUGCUCUGGUUGAUGUGUUGGUGAAGUUCCUGCGUUUCUGGAGGCGUGUUUCUCUGGCUGGGCAAAAUAGUUCGCAAACUCGAGUGCUCAGGAAAACUGCAGAACAACCUCUUCAUUGCGGCUCACAAACAAGCUCCGGGGUUGGCCCGCUGCUUCUGCCCCUUCGUGCCUUGCCUGCCACCUUCCUCUCCCCGCCCCCCGCUUCAAAAUUGGAACCAGAAAAUGGGGAAGAAGAGUCGAGUGAAAACACAAAAAUCAGGCACCGGUGCAUCGGCAAGUGUGUCCCCAAAGGAGACCUUGAACCUGACCAGCGAGCUGCUGCAGAAAUGCAGCAGCCCCGCGCCCGGCCCGGGGAAGGAAUGGGAGGAGUAUGUGCAGAUCCGCUCUCUCGUGGAGAAGAUACGGAAAAAACAGAAAGGUCUGUCUGUUACUUUUGAUGGGAAAAGAGAAGAUUACUUUCCUGAUCUGAUGAAAUGGGCCUCUGAAAAUGGAGCCUCCGUGGAGGGUUUCGAAAUGGUUAACUUCAAAGAAGAGAGCUUCGGUUUGAGGGCAACCAGAGAUAUCAAGGCAGAAGAAUUAUUUUUAUGGGUGCCACGAAAAUUGCUAAUGACUGUGGAAUCUGCUAAAAAUUCAGUGUUGGGGCCCUUGUAUUCUCAAGACCGAAUUCUUCAAGCCAUGGGCAACAUCACCCUGGCCUUCCACCUGCUGUGUGAGCGGGCCGACCCCAACUCCUUCUGGCAGCCCUACAUCCAGACCCUCCCCAGUGAGUACGACACCCCACUCUACUUCGAGGAAGACGAAGUCCGGUAUCUCCAGUCGACCCAAGCCAUCCACGAUGUCUUCAGCCAGUACAAGAACACGGCUCGCCAGUACGCCUACUUCUACAAGGUCAUCCAGACCCAUCCUCAUGCCAACAAACUGCCCUUGAAGGAUUCUUUCACUUAUGAGGACUACAGGUGGGCUGUUUCCUCCGUGAUGACUCGGCAAAACCAGAUUCCUACGGAGGACGGUUCCCGGGUGACCCUGGCGCUGAUCCCUCUGUGGGACAUGUGCAACCACACCAGCGGCCUGAUCACCACCGGCUACAACCUGGAGGACGACCGUUGCGAGUGCGUGGCCCUGCGGGACUUCCGAGCCGGAGAGCAGAUUUACAUUUUUUAUGGCACCCGGUCAAAUGCAGAGUUUGUGAUCCACAGUGGUUUUUUCUUUGACAAUAAUUCACACGACAGAGUGAAAAUAAAGCUGGGAGUGAGCAAAAGCGACAGGCUCUACGCCAUGAAGGCCGAGGUCCUGGCACGCGCCGGCAUCCCCACGUCCAGCGUCUUCGCCUUGCACUUUACGGAGCCUCCUAUCUCUGCCCAGCUCCUGGCUUUCCUCCGAGUAUUCUGCAUGACCGAAGAAGAACUGAAGGAACACUUGCUCGGAGACAAUGCCAUCGACAGAGUCUUCACCCUGGGUAACUCCGAGUAUCCCGUCAGCUGGGACAAUGAGGUCAAACUGUGGACCUUUCUCGAAGACCGGGCCUCACUUCUUUUAAAGACAUACAAAACCACCAUUGAGGAGGACAGGGCCUUCCUGAAAAACCAGGACCUGUCCGUGCGCGCGACCAUGGCCGUCAAGCUGCGCCUGGGCGAGAAGGAGAUCCUGGAGAGGGCCGUGCGGAGCGCGGCUGCCAACCGGGAGCACUACCGCCGGCAGAUGGAUGCCGCGGCGCCGCUCCCCAAGUAUGAGGAGAGCAGCCUGGGGCUGCUGGAGGGCGGCGGGGCGGACUCGAGGCUCCCGCUGGUGCUGCGCGGCCUGGAGGAGGAGGCCGGCGUGCAGGAGGCCCUGGCCCUCACGGAGGCUGACAGCCGGCUGGUCAACGGCCAGAACUCUGUCCCCAAUGGGCCCAGGUCGGAAAAGGAGAACUUAAGUCCAGAAGAAAGAAAAAGAGCCACUGAGGACGCCAAAGAACCUGCUCCCGACGGCGUGGCCGAAGCCAUGGGGCGGCUCUGAGCGGGCGGGGUGCAGCCCCGAGCCCAGAACAGCCCUUCACUCCGCUGAGUUCCUGCCCCGCGCCUCCUCCUGCGGGAGGAAGAUAUGUUUUUGCUGCUUUAUAUGAAAUGAUUUUUUUAAGUUAUUUAAGAAAUCUAGCUCCCCUUGGUGAUUAAGGUUGCCACCUUGCUUCCCGGCAGAGCAGGCGCGUCCCCAGCAGGAGCGCAGCCGCCUAGAGAGGCCCCCGAUCAGACACGCUUUCUUCUGGGGGAGAUUCCCCCUCUCCGGCGCCCCGCGAGGCUGCCUGCCCCUGCCUACCCGAGGGCACACGGGCCAGGCCGGGGCGGAUGCAGAGCCGAAGCUGAAGAGUCCGGGGAGCUGAAGAGUCUGGGCAAAAUCUUUUUUUUUUUUCCCUAAAAAAAUACCAAUACUAAGAGAAGAGGCAGGCUGGCAACCUUAUUUUUAAUAGUUUUGAAUGUUGAUAAUCCUGAUUAUAUAAACGCGCGCGCGCGCACACACAGCUAGUGAUUUCUAAAGACUUAUUUACUUUUGUGUUUGUUUUACUGUACUAAGAACCUCCCUGUCCCGUGAAUCAGAGAGGGGCGUGUGCCACCCUGUUGGGGCGCCGGCCGGGGGUGCCGUGGGGCUGGCGCGGGGCCCUUCGGUCCACGCCAAGCUAGAGAUUUUCAAAGCUACACUUUUGAGUAAAAGCCUUAUUAAAAGGAAAACGUGAUUAAUUUUUUUGUCUAAUCCUUUUCUUUGGCGUGAGACAGCCCCUUCCUGACUUGCAGGUGUUUUUUGAACCUCAGCCUGGUGGGAGCCAGGGCGGGCCGGGGCCUGCCGGCAGUGGGCGAGCUCGGGAUGGAGCCGGGUGGGGGCCCCCCCAGAAGUGCUCGGGUCACUCCUCACUGCACACGUUUGCGCCGUCUCUGGUGUGUCCUGGCUGCUAAGCACAUCACUUAUUUUGAAAACUGCCAUGAACGGGCUCACCCACUCUGCCAGGCCUGUGGCCGAGGUGAGUCCUCUUCAGGAAGCCCCGGGAAGGCCCGGCCCUGCGGAGCUGAUGCGCUCGCGCCUGGCUCCAGGGAGCCCAGGGGUGUGCCGCCGCACAGGUUGGGGUCUCAGCUUUACCUUAGUGCCCCAGCGGUUGUGCCUGACUGUCCGUGAGAACACCUGGAACGCAGCGCUGAGAGGACACCUGGCUCGUGUCAGCCUGAGGCCGCCCCUCGUGUAUCACCAGUCUGUGACUGCGCGCACUUCCAGGAGGUGCACCCACUCGGGAAACUUGGGCCUCUCUGGUGUAAAAGCCCCAGCCAGAUACUUGAACUUUCGUGGCUAAUUUGUAGAUGUGUUUUCUUGAUGGAUUAAAAGUUCUCUAGUAUUAACUACGUCUUUCAGAAAAAUAUGUUCUCUAUGCACAGUUCAGACCUAGG